UUUAUAAUAUUUGAAAAAUAUGAAAUUAAGACUCUGUCUUCGGGUCUGCUUAGUUUAAAUAGUUUUCUUGAUAGUUUAGUCGAACUUUUAACUCCAAGGUAAAUGCGAGCGGUGUAGCGACAGCCGGAAGUGACGCCAGACACAUCCCCAAGGCGCGUCGUUUCCUGCGGCUGCCGUCAAAAUCACUGCGUUCAGAUAAUGAACAGGACUGGCAUGCUGUGUGCUGCUGACGGUCUGCAUUAGAUUACAGCGCCGCUGGUUCAGAGUCGGACCUGCGUCUUUAAUAAUCCGGCGACAUUAGUGCUGGAAGUACGCGUGUGUAGUGUGCAGUAUGCAGUGCGGUAGAGAGCACUGACAGCGCUGCAGUAAUUGGUGGCAGUGUCCUGGUCAUUACGUGCUACGGGCCGCGAUAAAAUGGGUCCAAAUCGCUGUGAAAAGUUAUAAAGAGAGAAAAAUGGACUAUAGACGCAAAAGGAGACUGACGUUCUUCACUAUAGGACUGAUCUUCUUACUGAGCGGCAUUGAGUACGGUAAGCUGAGUAUGGUAACGUUACUGCUGUCCGGGGCACAACAAGGUGUUUUUUAUUUUUUUUGUAUAUUUUGUUUUGUGUGUCGUCUUCUAGGUCCUGCGUUCAAUAUCUUUCUCAGACUCUGUAACUUCCAGAUCGGACCUUUUACAGUGAACAAAUACACUUCCCCGGGGCUCUUUAUGUGCCUGCUGUGGAUCCUCCUUCAGUUUAUAGUCCUGUUCAUGUACUGGGACUUCACUCCUCAAGACCAAAGGUGUCAGAGGAACGGAGUGGAGCGGGAGGAAGAAGAGGAGGGCGAGGAGGGCAAACCUUUGGUUGGGCCCAAUGAGCUCACUGGCUCAUACGGGACGGUCACCAGCAUUCAGUCCAGGACCUCUUCAGUGGCCAACGGUGAUGUGACUCAUGUUUCCCCUCCACCUUCACCUCCACCUGAGGACCUCAGCUCCAGUUCCUUCAAGAACUUCAGUGCUAGCAGAGAGUUCCUCAGAGAGGAGGUGGUUGUGCUGUUGGCUACUAUGGUGACUCCUCUGACACAGAAGUUCUUUAACUUCGGCGAGUUGGAGAACAGCAUCAUGUACUGUCUGUGUGGCAUCGAGGUGAUCGCUGGCUUCCUGUUCGUGCGCUGGUUGAGCAAGCGUGUGGCGGAGCGAGUGGUGCUGGCCGUCGGCCUCAUCCUCUGCAAUAUCUCCUGUGUCUGGUGCCUGAUCUUCCUGGCCAAUCCUCAGGGAGGAUUUGCAUGGCAGCUGGCGGAGUUCAUCAUUGGUGUUUUCCUUCAGGUCCUGGGCCUUCCUUUUGUGGCAGUCGCCCAGGUGUCUCUCUUCUCCAAAAUUACAUCAGAGAAGACACAAGGGUUCAGUCAGGGGAUUCGGCGCUCUGUCGGAGGACUGGGCACCAUUCUCGGACCUCUCUGGGCGGGCGGUCUGACCUUUGACCUGUACGUGAUGCUGGGGCUGAUGAUGGGUCUGCUCGCCCUUCUCACUAUCAUGAUGGUGGUGUCGUAUGAGCGGCUGGUGGAGCCUGUAACUGUAGACAAUCCCGCAGGAACUGAGUCUGAAGACUGACACAGGUUUGAUAUCAACUAGAUUGUGCCACUGUCGGUGAGCUGUUACUGAAUCUUUUGACUCAAAUCUUGAGAACUCAGUCUAGGUUUGACACACUGACAGUUAAUGCAGCUCCAGCUGAAACACCAUCAGUGACCACUGGAUAACAUCUGGAUUGACUGCAACACAAAUAAACAGCAGUGAAUGGAGACCACAGGAGAGGAGUAAGACUAACAUAACAAGCAGAAUGACAAAAGCAAACGCGAGGCUGUUGAAUAAAUCAGGUGAAUCUCGGAGCUUUGAUCAGGGCCAAGACUCUUGUGAUAAAUGGAUGUUUCUAUCAAAAUGACAUUCAAAAAAUGUCAGAAUUGUGAGAUAAAAUUAAAUAAA